UUUCACACUUUCAGGAUGAACUAGCUUCAAUCGAAGCCAUCUUCCUAAAGCCUCGAGUAUUUUCAACUUUCCAGCUGAUUUCUCCUUUAUGUACUCCCCAUCAAGGUGAUGCUGGGACGUCAACUGCGAUUGUAUCAUGACUCUGUUUUUUUAUAGACUUAAGCCCAAAUAUUUUCAGCCUAUAUUUAUUCGCAACUCCCGUGAAACGUUGCUAAUAGACACAUGCCGAUGAUAAUCUCAUUAUCGUGGGUGCAACAUUUUGUAGAACGAUUCUCGUCCCAAGUGUAUUUCUACCCUAUUCAAGCAUCCUUCUGCUACAGUCAUGUUUCUUGGAGUAACAGCUUGUAAAUUUGGUCUAAUGCAAGUUAACUCAGGCUGUCUGUUAGAACAGACGCCAAAUAGGUCCACUGAGCCCAGCGAACGUUCAUCCAUCUAUUAUUCAAAAAGCUCAAAGACGGUGCUACCAAGUUGCCCCGGCAGAUAAUCGGUAUAAUUCACAGCCCAUUAAUCUCAUUCUGUGCCUAACAAAUCUAACUACAUUGGUGGCAAAGGAUCUAAGGGCGAACACGGAACGAAUUUCGUAAUUGCAAGUUCCGUCGUGUUCUGUCCGACCAAGUACUUCACCUAUUUUUUCAGUCAAACAACAGACCACGCGGAGACCCAGUCUUCACAAGAUAUUCGGGUUGAAGGGAUACUGUACAAAAAUGGAGCGCCGCUAACCUGGAUGUCAACUUAUGGUGAUACAACAUCAUCAGACUUCUCUGACGUGCAAAACGCAGUCUGUGGCUCAUUAUUGAAUGCCAUUGCAACAUUUUUGCCCACUGUGGCUCCUGCGUGCAAGCUGGUGUACCUCUAUGAAGGUUCCGUUUAUGCCGUGGCCAACCUGGAAUUUGAAAAAGACGCUCUACGAGCGGCAGGCAUUUCUCCCGGAAGCGCAUCAUUUAUUGAACAAAUACGUACUGCUGUUGAUGCCUAUGUUGAUCCGCAGCAAAAUGCACAGUUUCAAGCUCCGGUUACCGUGCGAGGUGUCUGUGCAUUCGCUCACAUAUGUCCCUUACCACGCUUCUUUACACCCAGCCAACGCACCGGCGAAACAGGCAGGUCUGGUACUCGCUCUGAUGGCGCUGCUUACAGUCUUCAUGAUAGACAUCCAAUGAUGGGGAUGCAGCAAAUG